AUGGAGAUGGUGAGCUCUGAUAAUUCCUGGAUCCUGGGUAUGCAGAUGCACGCGGCGCCGGAGUGCAAAGCUUUCCGCACCCGGCACCGUGCGGACGUGGCCUUCAUCGUGACUAUGGGCGGGCGAAUCAUUCAAAUGCAGUCUGGUUUCGCAAUGCUUGAGUCCGCCUAUGCACAGCCCAACAACGCGGCAAACAUCAUGAUGAAGAACUUGCUGGAUUUGUGCAUUGGCGUUCUUGUCUUCUUCUUGUUUGGCUACUCCAUCGCUUAUGGGGACGCCUACGAUGUCGGCUGCGCCGAUGCAGGCGUGGAUGUCUCCCACUGGUUUAUCUCCUUCUCGUAUGCGACCACGGCGGCCACCAUUAAUAGUGGGGCGCUGGCUGGCAGAGUGGCCUUUUUCCCUUACCUGCUGCUGUCGUCAGUUAUGACAGGCCUUGUGUACCCAGUCUCCGCACGCUUGGUGUGGGGUGAUGGCUGGCUGGCACAGAUCGGUUUUGUGGACUUCGCAGGCUCUGCAACUGUGCAUCUGGUGGGCGCUGUGAGCGCUUUGGUGAGCACCUGCCUGGUGGGGCCACGCAUUGGCCGCUUUGCCGAGUACCGCGCCUGGCGGAAGCCCUGGGCCUGGCUUGUCGCUGAGAAGCACGAUGACAAAUACUACCGGGUACCCGAGGAUCCAGUGGAGAAGAAAGUCCACGUCCCUUUCCGCCGAUGUCGUCAUCCGGUGCAGCUCCUGUUUGGCACCUUCUUGUUGCUUGUCGGCUUCCUCGCCUUCAACCCGGCAUCGACUCUCUCCACCACGAACGGCCAAGACUUGGUGGUGGCCCAUGCCUCUGCAACAACUCUCCUGGCUGCAGCUGGCGCUGGGAUUGGAGGAAUGCUGUUCUCCAUGGUGCGCACCCGGUCUUCCGUGGUGCGCGUCCCGGAGCUGACGAACGCGCUGAUCGGGGGGCUUGUGGCCAGCUGCGCGUGCUGUAGCGUGAUUCCUUUGUCCGUGGCGCCGCUGGUCGGCUGCGUGGCGGCCCUUCUGACACUUCUUGUCGAGGAGCUUUUGGUGGCGCUGCAAGUGGAUGAUGCCGUGGGUGCUGUCGCAGCGCAUGGGCCUUCCGGAGUCUGGGGCGUGUUGUGUGUGAGCCUUUUCUCGGACGAGUUUUGUGGUGGGAACUCCACCUUCAAAGGCAUUUUCUUUGGCGGUGGCAAAGCGGCUUGGGAACAUCUGGGAGUUCAAAUGCUGGGGGCGCUGGUUUUGUCCACUCUUGCCUUCUUCAGUACAUACGUGGUGGUCAUGCUGACAGACUGUGUGUUCGGCUUCCGCUGCUCGCGUGCCUGCGAGCUGAUCGGGCUUGACUUCUGGGAGCACCACUUCGACGAUGGCAGCCUGCACACGAACCGGGACAAGGCCAAGCUCUGGGAGCUCUCCCAGAUGCGCUUGGACCUGUCGCGGCGCACGACGUCCUUGGACAACUUGGUGCCUCAGAAGUGGUGCAGGCGGCAUCGAACCCGCGGCAAGGACGCCAGUGAGGCCACCACCGCUUCCGAGACUCCCCGGACUCCCCGAACGCCCCGGAGUCCCCAGGCCGAGAUUCUGGUCCAGGAGGCCCAAUCCACGGUGUUCCAAUUGGAAGCGAAAGUGGCAGACUUGGAGCAGAAGCUCUCACUGCUGGCACUGGGGAUGAUGCGCGAUGGGCAGACAUCGUCGACAGAUGUGUGUGGCACUCGUAAGAUGACUUCGGAAGACUCUAAGGAGGAGCUCUGA